AUGCUUAAAGCUUUGACUACAGGGAAUGCGUCUGAUGCCGUGCGCGACCAGAUGAUGCGCCACGAUCCCAAGUUCGCCACGUUUCAAGGCGCAUACCUUAACGAGAACGUCCAGUUCGACCUCCAGAAUACCUUCCUAGAAGAGGAAACCGAGGAGCAGAUGUACAAGGUGUUUGCGCAUGUCAGCCUCACGCGCGAUCCCCGCGCAACAAGAGACAUGGUCCCCAAGGAGGUCUGGGAGAAUUUGCCUCCCGAUCCGGAAAUUGUGGAGCUAGAGCAACAGCGACAGGAGUUGAAGGGUGGUCAAUACCGAGUGCAAGGUGAAGAGAACGAAGCCGAAAUCCGCAGGCUAACCGAGGAGAUACGCACGAAGCGGGAUCAACGCGACAAGAGUGUCGUGAAAGAGUAUCUCGAAUAUCAUCUCUACAACCGCCCAACAUGGGAUAUCGAGAGGCAAGCGAACGGCGAAGA